AUGCGCUCCGUGUCCCCGCGCGUCCAGGAGGUGAUGACGUCACGUCGUGUUCGUGGUGGCGUUGCCGCGGAUGACUCAUCGCGGCAUCACGAGCGUUGCGUCAUUUUGACUGGAAGAGAGGCGCCUAGGGUUUCAGCGCACCAAUUACCAAUGGCUGGCACAAGAAGGCGUCAGGACGGAAAGACCACGGGGACGGCGCGCCCACACGCCAGUUCACGCACGUACAUGAUGUUGAAAGAAGGCACACCCACGCGCACGACCGUACACGCGUACGACACCGCCGACAUCGUAUACUACCAUUCUCAGCGCGCACGCGCGCGACGUCCUCGAUCAAUGCGUCCCGCCCGCGCCUUCUUCCCCUUCUACAGAGCGGAGGACGUGCAAGGCGUGUUCUUCAGCGGUCGCCCACGAAUGCCCACCUGGGCAAUGGGACUUCAGCAGAAUGAGAAAGACACGGGAGGGAUGUCUGAUGUUUGA